GGCAAGGAGAGAGAGUGUUUGUGUGUGUGAGAGAGAGAGGGAGAGAGAGAGAGAGAGAGAGGUCUAUGUGUGCAGGGAGACGGAUUUUCUUCGUCUGGAAAACAGCAUCUUUCCCUCCACUCUGCUCCUCCCCUCUUCCCUCUCGGCAUCUCUCCCACGCUCCGGAGCUCAGCCUUCAGCUCCCCGGAUCCUCCCAAACUCUCCGGAGUUACAGGGGGGCUAUGGAUGGACUGCGUUUACCUCCACUCAUCGAGGAGGCUCUGGACUCUACAGAUGACCCGUGCGAUCUGAAAGCAGAGUGCAGCCCCACCAUGGACAACGAGAUCACAGCAAAGGAGAGAGGCGUCCUGGAGGAGAACAACGAGAAGGAGGAGAUGGACCAGGAGGGAGCUCAGGAGGAGGAAGGGGAGGAGAGGAAGCUUAAGGAGGAGGAAGGCGAAGGGGAGGAGAAGAGGAGGAAGGAGCAGGAGCCGCUGACCGAGGAGCAGGAGCUGGAGGAGCUGAGGGCCCAGGUGCUGCAGCUGCUGCUGGAGCUGGACGAUGCCAGAGACACCUCCAAUAAACACCAGGAGGCGUUUCAUGAGCUGCAAGGACUGUUGGAGGACGAGCGUCUGGCCAGUGCACAUCAGGCUGAAGCCUUCACUCGCCAGAUUCAGAAUCUACAAGCCCAGCUUCGCUCAGUGCAGGAGGAGAUGGACAGCCUGGAAGAGGAGAAGGAGAGCGAGCUGGCCGAGUCCCAGGACGAGCUGCGUAUAGCGCAGGAGGAGGUGCUUCUGCUGCAACAGGCGGCGGAGGAGGCAGCUGCAGAGAGGGAGAACGACAUCGCCUCGCUGCAGGAGGAGCUCUGUCGCCGCCGUGCCGAGCUGCAGCGCCUCAGCGAGGAGACGCAGGAGUACGAGCUGGAGAUCACCACGCUGAGGGCAGAGAUCAGCAUGAAGAGCCAGCGCAGGGAGGCUGAGAGGAGAGAGGGUGACGUGGACCUGCUGAAGGAGGAGUGCCGUAUGCUAAAGGAGGAGUGUCAGACCCUGAAGGAGGACAACAGACGCAUCUCUGAGAGGCUGCAGCUGCUGCAGAGACAGAGGACAUGCUCCAGUGUGUACCUGUCACUGAAGGAGGAAGAUGCAGGGGAUGGCACAGAGGGCAAGGAGACAGAGACCGGCUCCGAUGAGGUCAUGACAGAGAGCUACAUGACCAUGGCCCAGUCUGAGAACUGUCGCCUGGUGGACGCUUCCAUCCAAAAGAAUAUUUCAUUCGAUGGGAAGCCUAUGACACCGACCGGCUGGAACGGAGGCAUCGGGGAGGUCUUCUCCUUGAGAGACCAGCUCAAGCAAGCUGAGGAGAAGGCCUCACAGGUUCAGAGAGAGUGUGACGGUCUGAAGAUGGAGCUGAAGGAGCUGCAGGUACUUUACGACAGCAGCCAGAGGGAGAGGGCCGAGCUGGAGGAGGAGCUGCAGCGCUGCAAGGCAGAGCUGGAGAAGCUGUCAGAGGGGGCUCAGAGAUUCAUCCAUUCGUCUGAGCACCCUGUUCUCUCCAUCCCCUUCAUAGGAAUGAUUGUAAUAGUGGCUGUGGUCUGGUGCUGGUUGUCGGAGCUGGCGUCCCAGAGGGCAAGGGGAGUGAGGUAGGUUGGAACUCCAUUUUGACUAUCACUGCAGCCACAGCAGUGCUGCUAAUGAUGACUAGCUUGUUGAGAGCGUUCGUCCGAUGUUGACUGGAUGGGCAACAACUGCACAGGGACAGACGUCUGCUUCAGACUCAGCCCUUAUUGUCUCCGGCCACGUCUUAGACUGAAGUGGAAUACUCUAUAUGUGACAGACUGACAACUGCAUAGUAGAAAAUGUAUGGACAAUUAUUGUCUCCAACGAGAAGGUACUACAAGCACACGCAGACAGAGAAUGAUGCGGCCAGUUGGAUUUGAGACUGAAGACGGCUGUGAUGAUGAGUCGACCUGCAGAGAGCCCACAUGAGGACUAAUCUCACUCCACUAAAUGUAUGCUAGCUGUGUCAUUCCCUUCUGUAUCUGUGAAUAGGUUUCUUUCUUUCAGCUCUAAAUGUGAUAAAAGAAGGGUUUUAUUUGUAAUGUGCACCAAAUGGUUUCCAUGUUAUUAAACCAUUAUAUAUUUAUUUGUUUGUUGAAAUAUUGUUUUACAGUUUAUGUUGAUAGAAAAACAAGGAGUCUGGUCUUUAUUGCACUGAAAAAUAGAUGGUAGAAAAAUGCUCCUAAAUUAUUAACAUGAAGGGAUGUUAUUUUUUUUAGAAUAAGGUUACUCAAAAAGAGUCUGUGUUUAAAUACUUGCUCCUGCCCUCAAACUACUGUUUAAUUUAACAACAUUAUGGUAACAAUCCUGCCCUACAUAACUCAUUUAUAACUAUCUGAUUGACUUUUAACCACCAAUGACUUACUUCACAAGGUGAACAGGAAAGGAUAACUGAUCUCCUGUCAGUCUAAGCUCGGUGUAUUAAGCUGAUGCUUAAGGCUCGAGCAGCUCUUCUUCAAUGUUUUUUUUUGUUUUUUUGGGGGGUUCUGUGCUUUGCUCCGAGCUCUGCCACUUCGACUCUUGUCUUGUCUCUGACUCUGAAAUAAGACAACUCCCAGCGUCCCCUUUAAUUAUUUCUUCAACUAAGAUGCCAGAGAGGCAUCUCAGUGUUUCUGGUUCAUCUUUUGAGCUCACAGUCACUUUGAAAAUCCCUAAAAUGAUUUUAUUUUAAUGGUUAUAAAUGGUUUGCUAUAGUUUUUUAAUGUGAUAGUAAAUAGACCUCAGCAACUUUGGGAGCACACUUGAGCAUGGUUGGGCUCUGCUAACAUGUUUUAUAAAAAUCUAAUCAAUAUUGAUUUUAUUUUUUUCUCUCCAGCAGGAUUGAAGUGGCUUCUUCUUCCUUAAUGAUUAUUUUGUGUUAAUUUGAUUCAUGGUGAUAACAGGCUGUUUGAUCUACUGACACACCGGGAUAAACCACAGACUGAUGUCACAAAUGGAGGUUAGUUUUCUUGUGUGGGAACUUCACAAAUGGAUAUGGUUCCAAACAUACAGAAUAAACACAAACGUGUUUGAAAAAUGUAGUUUAUUUAAGCAUCAAAUACACAAAUGAUAUGUACUUGUACUAAAUGACUGAUUAUUGUUUCAAUUUGUGCAAUGUUUUUUUUUUUGUGUUCCGAGUAAUUUAAAACUGCAAACAGCAUGCUAAGAAACAUAUAGAAGCACAAAAGACAACUCAUGUCGGUUCUGUUCCUUUGUAUUUCAUGUAAAUAGGUGUGACAUACAGUACUAUGGUAGAGAGAUUUCUUAAAUCCAUUUGUACUAGCUUUGUAGAAAGUUGAUUCUAUUUUGAAAGAGCAUCGUAUAUUUGAUAGCCAACUUAUAAGCUGUGUAAAUGUUUAUUUAUGGUGACGUUCAUUAGAGGAGCUGCUGCUCGCAUUGUUGAUCAUUUUAUGUACCUCUUUGUUCAAAGGUCGAGAAGUCAUUGCAUGCCACUUUGAUUGCAUUUGACCUUAGUUGCCUGACAGAGCAAUACAACUCCUGUGUUUUUCAGUCUGUUUAAUUCAGAAGUGUCUUGAAAUCUUUUCUGAAACGUUUGUCAUUAAACUAAAUGUUGAUAAGCAAUGCCUGACUAAUGUUAUUUCUGCAUAUGAACAUACACUAAGGAAGUUGGGUGCCACUUGACUGCAAAUGUUGUCACUGUCUCUUUAAAGGUGCACUAUGUAGAUUUUGGUAGUGAAAUUUGAAAGUUGGAGAAGUGAAACAAUUCUAUGCUAUAUUUCUGAUCUAAAUACACAAACUUAAUCAAAAAGAAAAAAUGGGUCCCUGGAACAAUUUUUAUAGUUUAAAAGCUACCAGGAGAGUUACUGUUUCACUGUUACGGGCCCCCCACCAUAACUUCUCGUGUAGCAUUUUAUCUUCAAACAGUUUUCUAAGGACCAAAUUUUCCUCUGAGGACAGUUUGUGUAUAGAGUUAUGGACAUAUACCACAGAAUCUGUACAUUUCUCCAACUUUCAAAUUGGUCGACCAAAACUCCAUAGUGCACCUUUAAAACAUGAUCAGUGUGAUAUGAAAAUCAAACUCCCUUUGACUGCAAUGGUACACAUAUGUUGUCUGAACAGAGCAUUCUUUUCUAUUAUUUCUGAGCUUAUUUCAUGAAUAUUAAAUGUGUCAUACCUUCACAAGCUUCUAUACUGCAGUGUUCCUCUGCUUGUUGCUUUGCAUAUUGAGAGCAUUGUCGUUUUCAAUAUAGUUGUGGCUAUUUUGUUACCUGGAGGUCUAUUUUGUACUGUAAAUGACUCGAGAAAAUAAAUAUACUCACACCACA